GCAAGUACCAGGCGAGCAUAACCAAUGAAGAUGUCGUCCCCAGGUCAGGCCGGCGUCAACCAGUUGGGGGGCGUGUUCGUGAACGGCCGCCCCCUCCCCGACGUCGUACGUAAGAGGAUCGUGGAGCUGGCCAUAAUGGGCGUCAGGCCCUGUGACAUCAGCAGACAACUCCUUGUAUCCCAUGGCUGCGUUUCCAAGAUCCUCACGCGGUUCUACGAGACGGGGUCCAUUAGACCCGGUUCUAUCGGUGGAAGUAAGACCAAGCAAGUCGCAACACCGACCGUCGUGAAGAAGAUUCUCCGGCUGAAGCAAGAGAACCCUGGCAUGUUCGCGUGGGAGAUCCGAGAGAGGCUGCUGAGCGCGAGGGUGUGUGAGCCCCACUCCAUACCAUCAGUCUCCAGCGUGAACAGGAUCCUGAGGAACAGUGGGCUGGCGUGGAGUGAUGAUGACACUAGGAGCGCACAUGAAUCAUACGCUCAAUCAGACUUGCCGCCAAACGUGAUGGAUUACAUGUCGAUGAAAAACUUACCUCCAACACCGAUGCCAACCCAACAGAGCCCGCCAUACUUCGCCCACUCAGCUGUGAGGGUUCCGCCCCCACAGCAUCCUGACCCAACUCAAUUAUACGACAGAAGACUCGCCACAUCAUGGCUUCUAGCCAACCAAGUACAAGCUCAGGGGCUCUUAAAACCCUACCCAAUAAACCCCUGGCAGAGGAUCAUGAUGCCAUACCACGACACUAAGAACUUCUCACCCUACGCACUCAACCUUCACAAUGAUCUUCUAAACAGAAUAAACCCAGACGAAGUGAAGUCAGAGAAUUCUGAACACAUAUCCGUUGAAGCCAGUGAUGAUAGCACGGACAGGCCAGAUGUGGAUGACGACCAGAAAUCUCAAGAAAAAGAAAAGAAGAAGAAUCCUUAUUCGAUAGAAGAGCUGUUAAAGAAACCGGAUAAAAUGGUAAAUGUUAAUCCUAUAGGGUUCCCUAACUUCUUAAGGCAACCCAGUGGAAGUAUGAUUGAGAGCAGUCAGAAUUUAAGCAACAGAAGUUCACCAGCCAGUUUCUGUUCCGUACAAAGUGGAGUUUCGAAUGAUGGCUUCUCUGAAUCUGCUAGCUCAGAAAUUAAAGCCGGCAAUUAAAAAUAUAUAUUGAGGAGAAUAUACAUGUUCGGAAUUGCAAACAAUUAUGGUGGCAUUAAAAGGAUGAUGACCGUUAACAUCGUGAUUUAAAUAAGGAAGUCCUCUUUCAAUUUUUAUGUCAUUAAAAAUUUAUUUAAUUCUGAUCAUGCACAUUUUUUAGUUUUCCCAGGGAAUUAGAUUACCUCUAGUAUCUAGCUCUGGGCGUGCUCAACUCAUAGGGACAACUCAACUUAAAGGCGUAGAUUUGGGUUGUUUCAAAAACAUUCCCAUAGGUGAAACUCAAAAUCUGUUUGAUAUUUUCUUGUACUAUACUUACCUAUAUUAGUCAAACCAAUAAUUUGUGUUUGAGUGAAACGGUUUGCUCCCUUGACAUUCAAUCUUUGCGCUCAAAUAAUCAGCGCAACGCCAUCUAUCGAUAAAUCUGUUCACUAUAAUUAAGAUGCGUUCAUGUGUCAUAAUAAUGUAACAUUUCACUAUUAUGUUUGUAUAUAAAU